AUGUUAAACACACUUUUAAAUAUCGCAUCAUCCUAUAGCUCUUCGGAAUGUAAAGAAAAAACUAUUUUAAAUAAUAAGGUUUGUUUUAAAGAAACAUAUAAUAAAGAAGAAGAGGAUAAUAGAAAAAAGAGCGCAAACAAUUAUAAUAUUAAUAAUAUUUGUGAAUCUAAAGUGCAAGCUAAUAAUAAUGAAAAUAAUAAUAAUAACAACAAUUCAUCAACCAUUCCAAAUUCAAUAAAAAGCAAUUUAGCUAGCAAUGUUAAUUAUAAUAACAUGCAAAAUGGACAGUUCGAAAAAUCGAGUAACAGUACCAAAUGCAUGGGUUAUAAUUUUCAAGCUAAAGAGGUUAAUAAUACGAUAGGGAAUGAUAGUAGCAAUAGUAAUAACAAUUAUGAUGAUAAUACAAAUAAAAAUGAGGCUUUAAAUAAAUUUGAAAAGAAGGAAAAUGAUACUAUAAUGAACAUGUCAUUGUCAGGUAAAAAUGGUGUAGUGGACUUUGAAAAGGGUAGUGAUAACAAUAAUAGCAGUAAUGAUAAUGCUACUAUUAAUAGUAACAGAAGUAAUAACAUUGGUGAUUUGAAAAAAUCUGAACAUGUUAAUAAUUCACAAGGUAAUCAUAAUAAUUUUAUUAAAAAUAAUGAUUCUGUUAAUAACUCAACUUUUAAGAUUCAGGAUACAUCUAAUAUUUCCAAUGUAAAUGAAACCUUACCAAUUAUUACUGUUAAUAAUGAUAAUAAUAAUAAUAAUUGUAGUAGUAAUAGUGAAAUCAUAUCUGAAAUGGGUUACAGUCAAGAUACUGUAAAAAACCCAUCUAGUGUUGCCAAUCCUUCCCAUAUAUUUUCUAAGUCUUGUAAUGAUUAUAAUAAAAUUGAAAUAAGUGAUGAAAAAUGUGAUCAUGUAAAUAAUAAUAAUAGUCAUAUUACUCAAGAAUCGAAAAUAACUCAAAUUAGUGAGAAUACAAAAAUUAACGACUCCACUGUUCAUGGUAAAAUAAGCAAUUGCGCUAGUAGUAAUAAUAAUGCUGCGGAAAACGAUGAUAGUAAUAAGAACGAUAGUAAUAAGAAUGAUAGUAAUAAGAGCGAUAAUAAUAAGAGCGAUAAUAAUAAAAGCGAUAAUAAAAAUAGUUAUGGUAAUAGUUCAGGGAAUAAUAAUAAUAAUAACAAAGGAGGUUCUGGGAAUAGACCAGGAAAUAAUAACAAUACAGGUAAUAGUAAUGGGGGUGGUAAUGGAACGGAUCCUGAUGGAAAUGAUAAUAAAGAUGAUAAUAAUGAAAAGGAUAAAGACAAAAACAAUAGUAGUAAUGAUAAUAAUAAUAAUAAUAAUAAUAAUGAUAAGAUAAAAAAAAAAGAAAAUAAUAACAAAAAUGGGGAUUCAAAUGUAAAAAAAACAAAUAAAAAUGUAAAUGGUAAUGAUAAUAUUGAAACAAAAAAAUCGAACACAAAAUCUUUGAUUAGUAACACAAACAGUAGUAGUACAAUUUCUGGAAGUUCAUUAAAUGCUGAUGCACCUGAAUUUGUACCAUCUACUAAAUCUGUUCAAGGUAAUUUACAAUUUAAUAAUUUAAUGUGGGGUAAUUAUUAUCAUGAUAUUUCAAAUAACUCUUUUGGUAAUAUGCAAAAUGUUAAUUUGUUAAAUAUGAAUGGGUUAGGGAAUAAUAAUAAUAUUAUGAUUCAAACUCCAUUAAUAGAUAAUAUGACAAAUAUAAAUAAUGAUACAACAGGUAGUAAUUUAUUAGGAAUUCAAAAUUCUAGUAAUAAUAAUUCUAGUACAAUUAUUGAUUCGAAUUUAAAUGGAUAUAAUAAUAAAACUGGGGGUAUUGUAGGUUCGAAUUCUGUUGUUAAUAAAAAUAAUACAAAUGCUGGAAAUACAAAUACACCCCUUGGAGCACAAUUUAAUGGUGUAGAUGGAAAUGAAAAAUUUACUGACAAAAAUAAUAAUAAUCAUCUAACUUCUAUAUCUGGAAACAAUUCCAAAGUAAAUAAUAACAAUAAUAAUAACAAUAUUCAUGGUAUUAAUACAGAAGAUAAUAGUAAUAAUAAUACAACUGGUCUAGGUAAUAAAAAUUUAGGAGGAACAGGGCCCAUAGAUUCAACAUAUUUAAAUCAUAAUAUGUUAGAAGGAGGAAAAAAUUUAAGGUCUAAUAAUUUUAUGAACAAUUCAGAAAAUUCUAAUGGAUUUGAUAAUUCAGAUAUACAUAGCACAAGUAACAAUAAUAGUAAUAAUAAUAAUGCACAUCAAAAUUUCCCAGGUAAUAAUUCAAUGAUGCAUCAUCAUCCACAUCAUCAUAAUUUUUAUUUGAAUCCUCCAUAUUUAAUUAAUAAUCAUCCAAAUGGUUUAUCUAGCCAUCAAACAAUUUUUACUCCAAUACCAUAUGGAGGUGGAGGGGUGGCUGGUACAAAUAAUGGGGAUAUACAUCAUGACCUACCUUUUCCACAACCUCCAGUUUAUAAUCAUUUUGGUAAUAAUUCAAUUAAUGUUCAAAAAAAUGCAAACUUAAAUAUGAAUCCAUAUAAUUUUAUAUCUUGUGGUUUACCCGGUGCAGGACCUUUAGCUACGGGUGGACCAAUAAAUAUGGCUAGUCAUCAUCACAUAGAUCCUCAUUUUUUAAAUAGUGCUGAUAAUGUUCCAAUGAAAUUACCAUAUAAUCAUAUGGGGCAAACAAACAGAAGAAAUAAUAUGUUUAAUCAUUUUGGUAACAAUGUUAAUUUACAUGGCCCUAAUAAUAUUAAUGAGAAUAAUUAUGAUAUAAAUUCAAAUAAUAAUAAUAUGAAUCCAUUAAUUUCUGCUAAUAUUGGAGGAGCAGGAUAUGUUUUCAAUUCUGCAUAUAAUACUAUGCAACCUGGUGUUAUGCGAAUAAAUACAGAUGGUAGUACAUCUACUAAUUCUAACAAUACAUCUAAUAAUGCAAAUAAUAAUACAAAUAAUAAUAGUGGAAAUAACAAUUCUCCUUCUAAUGGUAAUAAUAAUAAUAAUGGUAGUUUAAAUACUACUGGAAAUGUUAUAGGCCUAAACCCUUCCAUCAUAAAUCCAGGAGUUAAUGUUCCUAUUCCUCAUCAUCAUAUAGAUAAUAUAAAUAAUCCAAUGCAUAUAAAUGGCAUACAUAUGAAUCAUGGGCUUUUAUUAAAUAACCCUAAUAUAAAUAAUAUACAUAAUAUAGGUAAUCAUGUUCCUAUGGGAAAUGUAGGGAAUAUGGGUAAUGGAAUGGUAGGGCUUGUUGGAGUUGGGAGUAUAGGGGGAAUGAAUGCUACUGGAAAUAUUAGCAAACAACAAAAAAGACAAAAUGUUUAUAAUGAUAGAACUGGAGGAAUGAAUAAUAAUAACACUGAAAAUGUUGGAACAAAUAAUAAUAACAAUACAACUAGUGGUAGUACAAACAAUAAGCAAUAUAAUAAUAAUUAUAAAGAAAAUAAAAAUACAAUGAAAAAUAAUAUGGGAAAUGGAAAUGAGGUAUUAAAUAAUUAUAAUUAUGGAAUGAAACAUGAAAAUAAUAAAAAAAAUAAUAGUAGAUACAAUUUGAUAAAUAAUACAACUGAUAAUUUUAAUACUAACUAUAAUUAUAAUGGAAGUAAUACAAUGAAAAAUAAUUCAGCUACUUCAAAGGGUUCAUAUAAUAAUAAAGGAGGAAAAGAAGAAUCAAAUAAUAUAACAGGUGGUAAUAAUUUUUAUAAUAGAAAUGGUGUAAAUACUUCUACUACUGGUGGAGGAGGUUCUAUUACAUCUACAAUUGGAAAUACUACUAAUAAUGUUAAUACAUCUAAUGAUAAUACUAAAGAGGCAGGAGUAUCUGGAGAUGCAACAAAGGAAGUGGUAUCUGAUUUAAACGAAAGUAACAAUACAAAAACGAAUAAUAACAAAGAGAAUUUCCAAUAUGGAAAUUAUAAGGGAAAAAACAAUUAUUAUUUAAAUAGCUCAAAUGAUAAAAAUAGUAAAGGACAUAGUAAUACUAUAGCAAAUCAAAAUGUUGUUACCACUAGUAACAAUAAAGAGGAUUAUAAAAGUGGUAGAAAUUAUGGAAGCAACAAAAUUGUUGACGAUAAAAGUGGAACCAAUACAUCUAAAAAAGAUGCAGGAAAGGAUAAUACAAAUAACAACAAUAAUAAUAACAGUGGUAGAUAUGGAAAACAAGGUGAUAAUUGGGUUAAAAAAGGAUAUGGUGCAAAUAAUAGCAACACAUCUAACAACAUUAAUUCAAGAACCAAUAAUAGUACAACCAAACAUGGAAGUUAUUCGAAUAGUAAGUAUAACACAGGUUCUGAUAGAAGAGGUAGUAAUACUAGAUAUGAUGAAGGAGGUAAUAAAACAGAGAAAUUAGGUUAUAAAACAAAUGAUAAAAAAGGAAAACCUGAAGAAGAUAAACAUACAAAAGAAAACAAAAUCAAUAGUAGUAACAAUGCAGAAAUAAAUAAUAACCAAACUAAUGAAGCUGGAAAUAAAAAUUCUAAUACCAAUCCAAGUAAUGAAGAAAAUAAUACAACUGGAUAUAAUGCAAAUAAUAAAGUAGGAUAUAAUAAUAUAAAGAAUGUAAAGAAUGGUGAUAAAAAGAAUAUGGAAUUUUCAUCAUGGGUAAAAAUAGCUAAAAUGAAUCCUAAUAAUAAAAAAAAAAAUGAAAAGAUAAAUGUAUCAACUCCACAACCAGAUAAUACUAACCCAGCACCAUCAUCUUCAUCUUCUGUAAAAAAUGGAAAUACAGGAGAUACAAAUCAUAAUUAUAGUAAUAGUCGAAAUUAUAACAAAGGAGCUGGAUAUGGAAAAGGGUUUCAUGGAGAAGUACCACAAAUAAAUGAAGAAAAUGAAACACCAUUAUUAUCCACAAAUAAAGAAUCUAAAAAAAAUGCUGAAAUAAAAGAAGAUGCAAAAAAAGAAUCACAUCUAUUAAGUAGUACAACCAACACUAACCAACGUUAUGAUAGUAAUAAUAAAGGAGUGAAAAAGAGUGGUGGAGCUGAUGAUAAAAUAAAAGGAAAAACAAUUGGAAACUAUUCUGGUAAUAAAAAUUACAUUAACGAAGAAGCUCGAAAUAAGGAUUCUAACAGACCAAAGGGUGUUGAUAAUAAAAACAAAAAUAGUAAUAGCAAUAGUAAUAGCAAUAUUAAUAGCAAUAUUAAUAGUAGUAGCAAUGCCAAUAUUAAUAGUAGUAGCAAUGCCAAUAUUAAUAGUAGUAGCAAUGUCAAUAGCAACAGUAUUGGUGUAACCAGUAAUGGUAAUAAAAAAAUAGACUAUAACGAUAAAAAAAAUAUUUCAAACAAUUUAAGUGGAAAUAAUAAUAGCUAUUCACAUAGACAAAGAGAAAAAUUAAAAAUAAAAAAUGUUGAAAUAAAACAAAUUGGAGAAAAAAUAGUUCCAAAUGUUUCAUCUGCUUCUGCUAGAAAUAGUAGUAGUGGUCAUAAUAGAGGAAUGGAAGAUAAUGAAAAUGAAGAUAAGAAAGAUGUUGAAAAAAACAAAAAAACUAAUACACAUACUAGUGAUAAUAAUAUGAAUCAAAAAAAAGAAACUGAAGAAAUUACAAAAGAUGAAAUAAAACAAACUGCUAAUAUAAAUGACAAAAAUUAUGUAGAUGAGGAAAAUGCAGAUAACAAAGAUUUAGUGAAAAAAAAUGAAUCUAAUAAUGUUAAUAGCAAUGUAAAUAAAAAUAAAGAAAUUGGAAAAGAUGAAAUACAAAUUAAUAGUCAAAUAAAUAAUUUAGAUGAUAAUGCAAAAGGAAAAAAAAGUAAUAUAUUUAAUCAAGCAAAAAGUAGUUAUAAAUAUCCAGCAGAAGGAGAAAAUAAUUCCAAUACAAAUACAUCUACUGAAAAUAAUAAUAAUAAUAAUAAUAAUAAUAAUAAUAAAACGGGAUCUAAUAAUUAUAAAGGAAGCUUAUGGAAUGGAAAAAUAUCUUUUGCUGAAAUGGCAAAACGUCGACCUAAAAAAGAUUCAAAAGAAUCGACUGGUAAUAAUAAUAACAAGCCAGAUCAAACUGACAAAAAGGGAAGUAAUGUCAACAAAAAUGGUAAAGUAUUAAGAAGAAUCGAUGAUAAUAGUCAUAUGAAACAGGAACAAACUGAUAAUGCAACUUAUGAUAAUAAAAGUGAAAUAAACGAAGAAGAAUUAACAAAAGAAGAUGAUAAAGAUGAAAUAAAAAGAGAAGAUGAAAUUAAGAAUGUAGAAAGAGAAGAAAUUGAAGAGAAAAAAAAUAAAGAAAUUGAAGAGAAAACAAAUAAAGAAAUUGAGGAGAAAAAGAAUAAAGAAACCGAUAGCAAUAAUAAAGGUGGUGAUAUAGAAACUGUUAAUGAGCUAGAGAACGGAGAAAAAGAAAUAAUGAGUGCAUCUAAUAAAGAUGCAGAAAAUAUAGCAACUGAAGAACUUGAUGGUACUAAAAAUAAAAUUAAUAAAAUUGAAAUUGAAGAAAAAGAAAUAAAACAAAACAAACUUGCCUCAAAAGAUGUAUCACAAAAUAAAAUAAAUAUUGGUGAUGAUAAAAUAACUAUGAAUGUUAACGAAGAUGGAAAAAAAAAAAUGGGAAAAGAUGAAAUUAGCGCUAAGACUAAUGAUGAUGAAAAGGACAUAGAAAAUAAUAAGUUGAAUAAUAAAGAAAAAGAAAAAACAGAAGAAUUAAAUUGUGAAAAAUCUAAAAAAAAUGAUGAUGAAAAGGACGUAGAAAAUAAGGAAAAAAGUGAUAAUAAAAAUGUAGAAUCAGAAGAAAGAAAUGAUGAAAAGGAUGAAAAGGAUGAAAAUUGUCAAAAUUGUCAAAAGGGUGAAGAUAGUAAAAAUUAUGAAAAUGUGUUAGAUCCAAAACAAAAAGAAAAACAAAAAAAAAUCGAAAAAUGGCAAACAGAAAAAAGGUUUACAAAAAUUGAUUUAUUAGAAAUAUAUUUAGGUCAUAAUUGGAGCUUAAGAGGUGAAAAUUUUAAUUUCGUUUUAUCCAAAGAUAAUACAUCAGAUGCACAUUAUAAAGGAAAUAAUUAUAUGCACAAUAAUAUAAAUUCAAAUGAAGAUAAUAAUAAUAAUAAUAACAAUUCUAAUAUUAGCAAUAUUUAUAUGAAUGAUGGAAAAGUUCCUAAUACAUAUAACAAUAAAAGAUAUAACAAUUCAGGAUAUAGUCAUGGAAAUAAUAUAAAUAAUUCUCAAAUGAAUCAAUACAAUAUUCAUAAUUCUGGAAAUAAUGUUGGAAACAAUUCUAAUAAUAAUAAUAUAGGAGGAAAUAAUAAUAAUUAUGAAAAAAAUAUGCAAAACAAUCAAAAUUCGAAUAAUGCGAAAGGUGGAGAUGAUGGGUGGAGAUAUGCUUUUUCUAAAAAUAUGCAAAAUAAUAUGCAUUUAAAUAGUAUAAAUAAUAAUAAUAUGAAUUAUAUGGAUGGUAAUAAUAAUGAUCCUAAUAAUUUGAAUAUAAAUAAUAAUAGUGGAAAUAAUCAUGGAGGAAAAAAUGGGCAAGGUAAUAGUUUUGAAUGGAGAAAAGGAGAUGGUGAUAAAUUAAAAGGAUUUUUUGAUUCUACAAGAGCAGUAGAAUCACCAGAUGCAUGGAGAAAUAAUAAUACAGGACAACAAAAUGGUAGUAGUAAUAAUUCUAAACCAACAAUAUCAGAAAAUAGUUGGCUAGUAAAACAAAGUCAAUUAAAAGCUGAUAAAUAUACAUGUCUAAUGAGAAAAUUAAGAGGUAUUUUAAAUAAAUUAACAUUUGAAAAAUUUGAUUUAUUAUAUGAACAAAUAAUAUUAGUAGAUAUAUCAAAACUUGAAGAAAUAAUUGGGCUAAUGAAAUUGGUUUUUGAAAAAGCAGUAACUCAACAUCAUUUUGUACAAAUGUAUGUACAAUUAUGUAAAAAAUUAAAUAUACAUUUUCAUAGUAUGAAAUUAGAAGAUGGAUCAGUAGUUCAAUUUAAAAAAAUUUUGAUAAAUCAAUGUCAAGAUAGUUUUGAAAAUAAUUUAAAACCUAUAGAAUUUCCUAGUCAUUUAAAUGAUGAUGAAAAAUUUGAAUUUGAGCAAAUGCAUAAAAAUAAAGUAAGAGGAAAUAUGUUAUUUGUUGGAGAAUUGGUUAAAUCUGGAAUUAUUUCUAUACCUAUUGUUUUUGUAUGUAUUAACCAAUUAUUAGAAAAAAGAGAUAAUUAUAUUUCUCAAAAAAAUGAUACUAAUGAAGGCAAUCUACAUUUAGAAGCAUUAUGUAUGUUUUUAAAUACAGUUGGUGAAAUAUUAGAUACACAUGAAAAAUCAAAUCAAGAAGAAGUGAAAAAUUUAUAUAAUAAAUUAAAUGAAAUUGUAAAUGAUGAAAGUAUAUUAUUCCGUGUUAGAUGUUUAAUUAAAGAUGUUAUAGAUAAUAGAAAUGAAAAAUGGAAUAAAAAAUUUGCUCAUAAAUUAGAGGGUCCAACAACUUUAAGUGUAUUACAUGAUAAAAUAUUAAAAGAAACAAUUGAUCAAAAUAAUCGAAUUUUUUCUAAUAAUAAUUCAAAUAAUUAUCAUGAAAAUAAAAUGAAUAGUAGUUUGAAUAACAUGCGAAAUAAUUUGCUUAGAAAUUCCAACUAUGCCAUGAAUAAUAAUAAUAAUAAUGCUAAUGGAGGAAUGGGAAAUAAUAAUAAUAUGCCAUAUGGAAUGAACAAUCAAAUGAAUAUGAGAGGCAUGGGAAAUACUGGAAUGAAAAAUAUGGAUCCAAAUAAAAAUAUGAAAAAAAUGACAAUGAAUAUUAUGAAGAAUAAAAAUACAUCUUCUAAAAUGAUGGGGGAUGAUAUAAAAUUCGGACAAAAUACUGGUACCCAUUUUGGUGAUGGAACCGGACCAUUUAAUACUGAUAGUAAUAAUAAUAAUAAUAAUAAUCCUGGUGGCAAUUAUUAUGAAAAUACAUCAAAAAAUAAUAUGUCAUAUAAAAAUCAAGCAUAUAUGGGAAAUGACAACAAUAACAAUAAUAAUAACAAUAAUAAUAACAAUAAUAAUAAUAACAAUAAUAAUGGCAUUUUUAGCAAUUUGAGUUCAAUGUUUACGAAUAAAGAAAACAAAAAUGAAGGCAAUUUUUUUUCAAGAGUUUUUAAUUUGAAAAAGAAUCAAAAUAAUAACACAUCUAGUGGUUCGGGACAAGAUUCGUCAUUUCGAGGGGGUGUAGAUGUAAAUAAAAUUAAUGAACAUCAAAACCAAACCCAAAACCAAAACAAUAAAGAUUCGAAUAAAGCAAAUGAAAAUAAUAAAAUGUCAAAUGAUAUUUCUAAUGCAAAUGAAAAUGGACAAAAUGAUUAUUCAUAUGUUGAAGAUUAUCUUCCUAAAAUUAAAGAAAUAAUGGAAUUAUCUACAAAUAUAAGUGAAUGGGAUGAAUUAACAAAAAAAUUUGAAGAAUUAAAUAUUCCUUCAAAAUAUAAUGAAAAACUUCAGAAUACCAUUUUAAAAUUAACUUUAAAAAAAUAUGCAUGUAAUAAAUAUUUAGAAAGAAGUGAAAGUUAUUUUAAUUGGCUAGUUACAACAGCUUUGGCAAAUAAAAUAGAUUUAGUAUCUUUUAAAUCGUGUUGGAAAUCUUUCUUUUUAGAAAAUGAUGAAAAUAGUUAUGAAUAUACAAAAGAAGAUUAUCCAUUGUUGCCAUUUAUAGCCAAAAAUUUUAUAAAAGCAGUUGAACAACAUGAUACUGAUCAUAUUCUUUAUGAUGUAGAUGCAUUGAAUGAAAUCAAAAAUGUUGUAUAA